AUGACCUCGACUAAAGCUGAGGUAGAACAGAAUAUCGAAAGCGCAUUGAAACUGCUGCCUCUGGCUGCCGCGAAUGCCACGUGCAAUCUGAUAUCUGCAUUAGCAAUUAUCUGCUCGUUCCAUUAUGAACCACUCAAAAGUUUACCGUUUUUCUGUUUCGAUAUAACGCCGUUGUAUUUUGUUGCUCUACCGAUCAUCGUCUAUUGGAGACGUUAUGUUGCAAGAAAGUCUCGUGUGCAGUCGAUCGCAUUGUCGAGUCGUAAGGAAGGCAGUGAUCAUUUUGAAAUGUUGAGAGCGGUCUUCAAUACCAAUUCGGGUCACUGA